AUGGCAGUUAAGGACUACGUGCUCGAAAAAGAAAAGGUUAAGAAAUUUCUACAAGAGUUUUACCAGGAUGAUGAAUUUGGCAAGAAGCAAUUCAAGUAUGGGAACCAGUUGGUUCGACUGGCUCAUCGGGAGCAAGUGGCAAUGUACGUAGACCUAGACGAUGUAGCUGAGGAUGACCCUGAGUUGGUGGACUCGAUUUGUGAGAAUGCCAGGCGCUAUGCAAGGCUCUUUGCUGACGCCGUACAGGAGCUGCUGCCUCAGUACAAGGAGAGGGAGGUGGUAAACAAAGAUGUUUUGGAUGUUUACAUCGAGCACCGGCUGAUGAUGGAGCAGCGGAGCCGUGACCCUGGGGCAGCCCGAAGCCCGCAGAACCAGUACCCUCCUGAGCUCAUGCGCAGAUUUGAGCUGUACUUUCAAGGGCCAAGCAGUAACAAGCCUCGUGUGAUCCGGGAAGUACGGGCUGACUCUGUGGGGAAAUUGGUCACCGUGCGUGGAAUUGUCACUCGUGUCUGUGAAGUUAAACCCAGAAUGGUGGUGGCCACUUACACUUGUGACCAGUGUGGGGCGGAGACCUACCAGCCGAUCCAGUCCCCUACUUUCAUGCCUCUGAUCAUGUGCCCGAGCCAAGAGUGCCAGACCAACCGCUCAGGAGGGCGGCUGUAUCUGCAGACACGUGGUUCCAAAUUCAUCAAAUUCCAGGAGAUGAAAAUGCAGGAACAUACUGACCAAGUGCCUGUGGGAAACAUCCCUCGUAGCAUCACCGUGCUGGUAGAAGGUGAGAACACGAGGAUCGCCCAGCCUGGGGACCACGUCAGUGUCACCGGCAUCUUCUUGCCGAUCCUGCGCACUGGGUUCCGACAGGUGGUACAGGGUCUCCUCUCUGAAACCUACCUGGAAGCCCAUCGGGUCGUGAAGAUGAGCAAGAGUGAGGACGAGGAGUCUGCGGCUGGAGAGCUAAGCAGGGAGGAGCUGAGGCAGAUUGCAGAGGAUGAUUUCUAUGAGAAGCUGGCGGCCUCCAUCGCCCCAGAGAUCUACGGGCACGAAGACGUGAAGAAGGCUCUGCUGCUCCUGCUGGUGGGAGGGGUGGACCAGUCUCCUCGGGGCAUGAAGAUCAGGGGCAACAUCAACAUCUGCCUGAUGGGGGAUCCCGGUGUGGCCAAGUCUCAGCUCCUGUCUUACAUUGAUCGCCUGGCACCCCGCAGCCAGUACACCACGGGCCGGGGCUCUUCGGGAGUGGGGCUCACGGCGGCUGUGCUGAGAGACUCGGUGAGCGGAGAGCUGACCUUGGAGGGCGGGGCCCUCGUGCUGGCGGACCAGGGUGUGUGCUGCAUCGACGAGUUUGACAAGAUGGCCGAGGCCGACCGCACGGCCAUCCACGAGGUCAUGGAGCAGCAGACCAUCUCCAUUGCCAAGGCUGGCAUUCUCACCACGCUCAACGCCCGCUGUUCCAUCCUGGCUGCCGCCAACCCCGCCUAUGGGCGCUACAACCCUCGCCGCAGCCUGGAGCAGAACAUACAGCUGCCUGCCGCGCUGCUCUCCCGCUUUGACCUCCUCUGGCUGAUCCAGGACCGGCCUGACCGCGACAAUGACCUGCGGUUGGCCCAGCACAUCACCUACGUGCACCAGCAUAGCCGGCAGCCCCCAGCCCAGUUUGAGCCUUUGGACAUGAAGCUGAUGAGACGUUACAUCGCCAUGUGCCGGGAGAAGCAGCCCACGGUGCCGGAGUCCCUGGCCGACUACAUCACGGCCGCGUACGUGGAGAUGAGGCGGGAGGCCUGGGCCAGCAAGGACGCCACGUACACUUCCGCCCGGACCCUGCUGGCCAUCCUGCGGCUGUCCACGGCUCUGGCGCGGCUGCGGAUGGUUGACGCGGUGGAGAAGGAAGAUGUGAACGAAGCCAUCAGGCUCAUGGAGAUGUCCAAGGACUCUCUGCUGGGCGACAAGGGGCAGACGGCGAGGACCCAGAGACCGGCGGACGUGAUAUUUGCCACCAUCCGGGAGCUGGUCUCCGAGGGCCGAAGUGUACGGUUUGCGGAGGCCGAGCAGCGCUGCAUAUCCCGGGGCUUCACACCUGCCCAGUUCCAGGCGGCGCUAGAUGAGUAUGAGGAGCUAAAUGUCUGGCAGGUUAAUAUCGCCCGGACGCGGAUCACUUUUGUCUGAUUCGUCCAGCUUGUGAGACACUGGGGUCUGCUCUGCGUUCCACGUGCUGACCAUCCCCCUUUUUGAAAGAGCUCGUGAUGCCUCUGAGAGGAAAGGAGAAUCCCCUUUCUCCUGAGCUGCAUUUGUUUUAUUGUUUUUGCUAAUAAAGUGAAUAGA